AUGAUCGUGACUCAUCAUAUAUUUCUUUUUCUCUCUUCCCCCUCUAUCUUACUCUUCUCUUUCUUCUCUCUGUGUGGCUGUGGGAGUGUCGGCAUUGUCUCCGAACGUGUGACCAGGUCGCAUAACAGAGCGAUCAAUGCUCAAGCACAUCAAGCAUCAAGCAAGGAGCAUCACCAUCAUGCUGAUGCCCUUUUCUGGUGUCAGGAUCUUCAUUACGUGGGAACCGUGGGAUGGGAUGGCGAUUUGGAUCCGGAAAACCCUCACAACUGGUCGUUGCCAACAAAGCUUACCUGCACGGCACAGGCAUGUGCCAUGGUCUUCGUGGUAGCUCUCUCUUCAAGCAUAUUUGGUCCAUCUGCCCAUGUCACCGCACAGCAAUUUGGGGUCGCUGAUGAUACCAUGCAUCUUGGGGUUGCACUCUUCGUCGCCGGGUUUGCCGUGGGACCGCUCUUCUUCGCCCCUUUAUCUGAGGUAGUUGGACAUAUGAUUCCGCUGUGCGUUGGGCUCGCUGGAGUAGCGAUCUUUCAGAUCCCUUUUGCGCUCGCAGAAGAUGUCAAAACAAUGUUGAUAUCUCGCUUUCUCUGCGGCGUUAUUGGCAGCGGCGCCAUGGCUGUCGGGUCCGGCAUGCUCGCUGAGCUCUGGGGACCGGCCACACGGGCAGUCGCUAUCGGACUGUCCGGCAUGUUCAUGAAUAUAGGCAGCACUAUCGGCCCGAUUGCGGGUGUAUACAUCCUAGAACGAUAUGGCUGGAGAUGGACCGGCUGGGCGACUCUUCUUGUCUGCAUCGUGGUCGGAUUCAGUGCCAUUUUCAACCUACGAGAAACAUCCUCAAAGAAAAUCCUGAUUCAGAAAGCCCGGCGACUACGUAGAGAGACAGGCAAUGAAUCGAUGCAUACGAAUUCAGAGAAAGCAGGCCUGAGCUUCCAACUGUUAAUGAGAAAGCACUUGACACAGCCUCCCCGCAUCUUCAUGAUGGAGCCGAUUCUCAUCAUUCUCACAAUCUAUCUGAUUCUGGUCUACGGGACUCUCUAUCUUUCAUACCAAAUGUUCUCGUUUGCCUUUCUGAAACGGGGCUGGCCACACACCACAGCCAGCCUUCCAUUCCUGGCUGUCGCUCUUGGUUUGAUCACCGCGUGGAUAAUCUUUUCAGUCUUCACCAUGACCUGGUAUCAAAGUCGCUUCAAGCAAAGAGGCACUGUAUUACCCGAAGAUCGCCUCCCAACAAUGAUCCUCGGCGCCGUAAUCCUCCCCCCUGCCUUGACAUGGUUUGGCUGGUCCAUGCGAACCAACGCAGCUCCCCAGAUCCUGGCCUGCUUCUUUAUCGGAAUGGCUCUCCAACUCAUAUUCAUGAGUGGUAUCGUAUACAUUGUUGAUGUCUAUAUCGCCUGUUCCAACUCGGCCAUCUCCAUCCACGUCGUUGUGCGAAGUAUUGUCUCCGCCACCUUUCCAUUAUGGGCUGGGCCCAUGUAUGAGAAUUUGGGGAUUGAAUGGUCUUCGACGGUAUUGGCAGGUUUCUCUGCCAUUAUGCUGGCAUCGCCGAUUUUGUUCAGCGUCUAUGGUGCUAAGAUUCGGAGUUGGAAGUACCUAGACAAGCAAUAA